UGACGUUCACGACACUGAAAACUAUUCCGCAUGUGCACACACGAUGAAUACACAUUUCUGAACAGAAAUCGCGCUCAAUAGCACCACACAGUAAAGAAGGAAAUAAAUAUCGAAAGCAAAAAUAAUGUGACUGCGUUUGCAAGCGACAAUGAAUAAAUUAUUACGAAAAAGUGGUAGCAUCAUUUCGAAUUCCGUUCAACAGAAUGGAUUUUAUACAAAACCAACGUCCAAUCAAUUACAUAAUACACGGCAUAUAUUUGGAUUUGGUGUGGCAGUUAGCAAGAAAAAAGAGUAUCAGCGUAAAGAGUUAGUUGGAUACUCAAUGCAACAAAUGUACGAUGUGGUCGCUGAUGUUGAUAAUUACAAAUCAUUUGUUCCGUAUUGUAAGAAAUCAACGGUUGACAAUCGCAAAGCGAAUUCCGCACAGGCUCAAUUAGUUGUAGGCUUUCCACCAAUAUAUGAACGAUAUACAUCGAAUUUAACCCUACAAUCGCCGAAUCUCAUCAAAUCCGAAUGCUUUGAUGGUCGACUAUUUAACUAUUUGCAAAAUUAUUGGGGCUUUAGUCCUGGUUUAAAAGAUGUACCUGAUUCGUGUGUCAUUGAUUUUCGUGUAACAUUCGAAUUCAAAUCGGCAUUACAUUCACACCUAUCGCAUUUGUUUUUCGAUGCAAUUGUUCAACAAAUGGAAAAUGCAUUCGUUCGCGAAGCUGAACGACGCUAUGGACAAGCGAGAAUAAAGGCGCUGCUUCUGUCGCUGCAGCGAUCGUGACCAAUAAUCAAAAUGAAAUUAUAAAUUGAAACAAUACCUGACUUUUCACGUGAAUCGGUGUGGAAACGUUUUUCCAAGAAGAAAAAAAAAAAUUCAGAAUCGAAUCAUCUUUUUUUCGAUUCACUUAAUGUUUAGCCAUUUUUGGGUUGUACAACAACCAUUCGCUUGAGAGAAGAAAAGAACAAAGGAGACAAAUUCAUUUAAGUUUACCACGUGAUCAUUGGAAUUUUAUGUUGCCCUAUUUAUUAUAAAACGAAUUGUAUUUGUUUUUAUCGAUACUAAAUUAAACACAAAUCAAACACAUCUAAA